CAUUGGAGGGGUUGGCAGACCUGUUGGAUGUAAACAAAACAGGGCAGGGCAGGAUGAGCGCACGUGGCUGGGCGGGCUUCACCGAGGCGGAUAUUAAGGAGGUGCAGCGAGGAGGAGGAGGAGGAGGAGGUCCAAAUCUUAGGCCGGCCCUGCAGCAGCGUGGGGGCAGCCGAAGUGGGGCACAGCGGGGCAUCCUGGGCAGCAAACGUGGGGUGGUGAGGGCAGCUGGCACCACCACCCACUACACGCCCCUCCCCCCACAGGCCAGGCUCUCACAGGACCCAGACUCCCCACGGUCCCUGUCCAGCCAGCAGACCCCCGAGUCCUCCCCAGCACCUUCCCCGUCCCCUGUGCCUCCCUCCCCAUGCACCUCCCCGACAGGCAACCAAACUCACCCCAAGAGCGUUAAAAUCCGCCUUGGGGAGAACAAUUCCUACGAGGUCAUCCCCAGCAGUGGCACCCCAGACUCCCCGCCCUCCCCCAGAACCGACGGGGAUGGGGGGGGAGCCGAGGAGGAGGAGGAGGAGGGGUCUGGGGAGUUUUUCAUCAACAAGGGAGGAGGAGGAGGAGGAGGGAAGGAAGAGGAGGGAGCACUACUUGAAAACCUGCAGAAGAGACAGCGAGAGAUGGAGGAACAGAACAAGAGGAGGAAAGAGUUACUGAUGCAGGCUAUUGAAGACAGGAGUCGUCGCACCAAAUCUGAGGCGCAGAAGCUCAAACACAUUCAGAAGGAGCUCAGCAGACUGGACUCCCUUCUCUCGACCGACGUGGCCAUCCUCAGGAACCAGAUCGAGGCCGCCAGUCAGGAGUUCAACGAGGCUCAGAAGAGGUACGAGAGGGCCGAGAGGGAGUUCAUCGAGGCCAAGCUGCAGCUGUUUGGCCGCCUGGAGCGCAAGGAGCUGCUGACGGAACACCUGUGUCGCAUCAUCGAGGCCAACGAGAGGCGGAAGGCGGAAAAGCUGUCGGAAUUGAUGGCCCAGCUGGAGGUGGUGGACUGUGUUGGGGAGCUGCCCAGCCCACCGACCCCCUCAGAGUGCCUGCCACAGUUGGCCUCCCUGGACGAGGUGAGCUAUGCCGCCUGCACCACCCUGAAGCACCCCCUCAAGGCAGCCCAGGCCCUGCACGCCGGCCUGGCACGGGUCAACGGGAACCUGAGGGUGGAGGAGGUCAGGAGGGCGGCCGCGAGGAAGGAGGAAGAGAUGCAGGAAGAAACGAAGGAAGUGAAAGAGAACGAGAAGGAAACAAAGGAAGAUGAAACAAGGGAAGUAAAGGAGAAGGAAGAUGAAACAAAGGAAAUAAAAGAAGAGGAGAGGAAAGAGAGGAAGGAAAGUCUUGGUGAGGUAGGGAAGAGAAAGGAAGAGGAAGAGAAAAGAGGAGAAGGAGAAGGAGAAGGAGGAGGAGGAGGAGGAGGAGGUGAUGAAUGAGUGGUGUAUGUGUGUGUGUGUGUGUGUGUGUGUGUGUAUAGAUGAAAUGUAGAAAGAAGAGAAGUGUGAUGAGAUAAAGGAGGUUGUGAAGAGGAGAAAUGGAGGAAGAAGAAGAGGAGGAGGAGGAGGAAGAACAGGUGUGUGAGUGAAGUGAGUGCAUGAAAAAAAAAUAAUAAGUUAGAAGGAAGAAGAGAAAGAAGACAGUUUAUGAGGAAGGAAAGAAGUUAGAAGAGAAGAAGGAGGAGGAGGAGAAGGAGGGAAGAAGUGUGUUUGCAAAAAGUUUAGAAAGAGGAGGAAGAGGAUGAAAAAAAAGAAUACCUAUGAUGUAAGAAGAAGAAGAGGAGGAGGAAGUGAAAAACGAGAUAUAUGAUAGCAGAAAGGAAGUCUUGGAAGAGAUAAGGAAGAAGAAGAGGAGGAGGAGGAGGAAGAGGGAAGAGAUUGUGAAGAAAGAGAUAUAAUAUGUUUGGAAAUAGGAAGAGGAGGAGGAGGAGGAAGAAGAGUUAAUGGAAGAAAUGGAGAUGAAGAGGAAGGAGGAGGAGGAGGAGGAAGAAGGAAGAGAUUGUGAAGAAAGAGAUAUAAUAUGUUUGCAAAUAGGAAGAGGAGGAGGAAGAUGAGGAAGAGGAAGGAGGAGGAGGAGGAGGAUACUAAUUAAAUCAUCCAUCCCUUUUAAGCCAUUACUAAGUUAAGGUGAUUAAGAAGUUACUAUUGUGUGUGUGUGUGUGUGUGUGUGUGUCAUUUACUUUAACAGACAAGUGAUUCCUACUUAUUUAGCACAUAAGUUAAUAUUAAGCACUUUUUUUUUUACAUAUACUUAAAUGCAUGAAGAUAAAACUAUAUGCCUUGAUAAGUGUGUGUGUGUGCAUGUGUGUGUGUGUGUGUGUGUCUCAGGUGUGUGGUCCGUCAUCCCACCUGUCUUCGCCUUUGUGUGUUUGUAUGUUUGUUUGUUUGUUUGUGCGCCUGUUCGUUUGUUUUGUCAUGUGCCUUAAUUUCUUGAUCAACGCUUCAGGUAUUGGGGGGGGGGGGGCAGGUGUGUGUGUGUGUGUGUGUUUUAGAUUUUGUUUAUUUUCUUAUUUUUUUUUCCUUCAUAUUACUUGAAGGUUGUUUUUCUUCUUCUUCUUCUUCCUUUUCUUCUUCUUCUUCAUCUUCUUUCCCAUCUUCUUCUUCUCCUUCAUCUUCUUUGUCUUCUUUUUCACCUUCUUCUCCUUCAUCUUUUUCCUCCUCUUCAUCUUCAUUUCCUUCUCUAUCUCCCUCUUCUUUCCUUUAGUUUGUUACAAGAAUCAUUAGCUAGUAUUUUCUCUUCUUAACCAACAGCAGAAACUCAAUAUCCACUUUUAUCUAUGAUUUUCAAGACAUUUCUCAUACUAAACAAUCUCGCAAGGUCUAAAGAUAAGAAGGGAAUGAAGGGGCUCUUUAAAACCACACUCCACAGCCUCACUCACACUUCUCUUGAUAGGAUACUUGAGUGUGAGGCAGAUAAGAGAAGGAGAGAGAGAGAGGAAAGGAGUUUGCAAAAAGUGUGUAACAGUCUCGCAAAUAGGGAAUAAAUGGGCUCUUUAAAAUCACACUCGCAGCUUAAAUCAUACUUCUCUUGAUAGGAUACGUUAGUGUGAGGCAGAUAAGAGAAGGAGAGAGAGAGAGAGGACAGGAGUUUGCAAGAAGUGUGUAACAAUCUCGCAAGAAGGGAAUCAAUGGGCUCUUUAAAAUCACACUCGCAGCUUAAAUCAUACUUCUCUUGAUAGGAUACUUGAGUGUGAGGCAGAUAAGAGAAGGAGGAGAGAGAGAGAGGACAGGAGGAGAAGAAGGAGAGAGAGAGGACAGGAGGAGAAGAAGGAGAGAGAAAGGACAGGAGGACAGAAGGAGAGCAAGAGGACAGGAGGAGAAGAAGGAGAGAAAGAGAGAGAGAACAGGAGGAGAAGGAGAGAGAGAGAGAGAGAGAGAGAGAAACAGAACAGGAGGAGAAAAAGGAGAGAGAGAGAGAGCGAGAGCGAGAGAGAGAGAGGAACAAAUGGAAACCUCUUUUAUUUAACACCUCCUCCUCCUCCUUAUUCUCUUUCCCUUUGAGUUACUGGCGAGGUAUUUUCAUGAGACCAGAUUAAUUGUUUUUCCAGGGGCAGUGUUGUUGUGUUGCGUUAGUGUUGUGUUGUGCUUGUUUUCACAGAUUAGGGUCUUCCAUGGUCUAUCAUCUAUAAGUCUCUAUGUAUCUGAGUGUCUAUGGCUGAGAGGAACUUAACCAUGCUUUGUACUGGGUUAAGGAGAGAAACACAUAGACUGAGCAAGAGAGAGGGAAAGGGAGAGGGAGUUAACAUAUGUGCCGCUGAACUCAAGGUGCUAAAUUGGGUGCUUCUUCGACAGGUGUGUUUUGCAGGUGUGUUGUUGUGUUGUGUUCCUGUGUUCUGUGUUGCUAAUGAGGUGUGUGUGUGUGUGUGUGUGUGUGUUUGUGUGCAUAGAAUAAGGUUUGUCUUGCUUGUUUUAAGAGCAUUGAUAAGAACAAAAGAAUUAGUUACUUAAAUAUGAGUGCGAUAAGUCAAGGGAAGAUGAACAAAAGUGAGGGAAGUCUUGAAGAAGGUGAUGGAGGAAAAUAACGGAGACAGAAAGAGAGGAAUGAAAAAAUAAUAGAGGAGAAUAGUCAUGAAGGGCAAACAGGAAGGAGGAAAGGAAGGAAAGAAAGAUUGAUACGAGAGAGAGAGAGAGAGAGAGAGAGAGAGAGAGAGAGAGAGAGAGAGAGAGAGAGAGAGAGAGAGAGAGAGAGAGAGAGAGAGAGAGAGAGAGAGAGAGAGAGA